AUGCCCUCCAUCAAGGCGGUCAUCCUCGCCUGCCUGGCCGCGGCCUCGCAACUGGCCUCAUCAUGGCCGACAGCAAGCAUGGACGGCAUCAACAUCCUGUCGCGCCAGAACCAGGUCCAGAAUGAGUACGACUACAUCAUCGUCGGCGGCGGCACGUCAGGCCUGACUGUCGGCAAUCGCCUGACUGAGAAUAACAGUGGCGUCUCUGUCCUCGUUGUCGAGUAUGGCUACUAUGACAACCAGUCGGGGAUGAACCCCCGCCGUAUGUUCAACCUCACGUCCCGGCCGCAGCAGAACCUGAACGGCCGGUCGUUUUCCGUGGGUAUUGGCUGCGUCGUGGGCGGCAGUUCCAACGUCAACGGACAAGUAUUCCUGCGCGGGACGUCCGAAGAGUACAACGCCUGGGCCGAGCUUGGUGGACCAGGCUCGACCUGGAACUGGGAGGGCUUGCUGCCGUAUUUCAGAAAGGUAAGAAACACAGCAGAGGAAGGACAAAGAAAUGCUGACGCAAUGCAGGGCAUCACCCUUACUGGUCCUAACCCGCAGCACGCGCAAGAGUUCAACAUCAAGUGGGACAUGCAGUACUGGGGCACAACCUCCAAGAUUUACGCAACCUUUGGUCGCGAUGCUCCGACACAGCUCAUGAAGGUCCUCUACAAUGCCAUGGCUGCCAUGCCGGGCAUGACCGUCCCCGUCGACAGCGGCGCCGGGCAGGCGGGCCUCUACUGGUAUCCCAUGUCCAUGGAUCCUACCAACUUUCAGCGAUCGUACUCCCGCACAGGUCACUGGCACGGUAUCAGCAGGCCCAACUACCAGAUGGUUGUCGGUGCCAAGGUCAACCGCAUCCUCUGGGGCGCUGACAACACGGCGACGGGGAUCCAGUUUGUCAGCCGCAACCAAACGGGCGGACCGGCGACGCAGGUGCGCGCGCGCCGUGAGGUCCUGCUGGCGGCCGGUACGGUGCACACACCGCAGGUGCUGAUGCUCAGCGGCGUCGGACCCCAGGCAUUGCUCCAGCAGGCCCGGAUUCCCGUGCGCGUUGACCUGCCAGGCGUUGGCAGCAACUUCCAGGACCACAGCUACAUUCCCAGCAUCGCGUAUCAGUGGGGCACGACGCCCGGAGGCGGCGGCGGAUUCCCGGGGUUCCCGACGCAGGGCGGUGCGCCGGCGCUCGCGGCCAUGAUCGGUCUGCCGGUGGUCAGUCCGCAGCGGUACCAGCAGCUCGCAACGCGAUACGAGAGCCAGAACCCCACGAGCCACCUGCCGUCAAGCUACACGGCGGAGCAGAUUGCAGGGUACCGGAAGCAGCAGGAGAUUUACGCGCGACUGAUGCGUUCGACCAACGUUGUGUUCCUUGAGAUGAUGAUGUUCGGACCUGGCGGCAGUGUACAGAACCUGCACCCGCACUCGCGCGGGACAAUCCUCAUCAACCCAUCCAACCCAGAGGGAGACAUGAUCAUCGACUACCGGGCGGCGACCAACGACGUGGACCUCGAGGUCAUGAUCGAGACAAUCAAGUUCAUGCGGCGGUACAUGACGACGGGCCAGCUGGCUCAGUACAACGCCAGAGAGACGUCGCCGGGCACGGGGGUCAGCAGCGACCAGCAGCUGAUCCAGUGGGCCAGGGGCCAGGUCAUCCCGUCGGUGUAUCACCCGGUGGGUACGUGCUCGAAGCAGCCGAGGGAGCACGGCGGUGUCGUCGACGAGAACCUCAGGGUGCACGGCACAAAGAACCUGAGGGUGAUUGAUGGGUCCAUCAUGCCGACGAUUGUGGGCGCGACGACAUCGAUGGCCGUGUAUGCCAUUGCUGAGAAGGCCGCCGAUUUGAUCAAGACGACCUGA